ACUAAGACAAAACAACGUCAAUCAGUCAGCAGUAAAAGUGGACGUGUUUAUUUCUACAUUUGGAUUUACGACAAAAUAACAUAUUUAAUAAGUUCGUAAAGAGACGAAUUCGAUUUCCCGCGAAGGUCCCGGUACAGUGAAUCGAGCACGACCCUUGCGUCGUCUGCUCCGACUUCCUGUAAAAUGGACCGCGGCCGCAAACCUCCACAAGUAGCGCCCGUUGGGACGAAGAAAAAAAUGCCAGUUGCAACAGCGGCAAAGGAUCACGAGCUGCCUACGUCGUCUGGACUUUAUGGCGAGAUGAUGGACCCGUCCAAAGACGGGAAUGCCUCAAAGGCGCUCCGUAGCGACGGCUUGACGUUUGACCCCAGUCUGCUUGUCGGCCCCUUGUAUGUACCGAAGACAUCAACCAACGAAAGAAUCAAAGCACAACUAGGAGACAUCACUCAGAAACUACACGACACGCUGUACACUUUCGAGGAGACCGAGUUGGAAGUUACGGUUGAAGAUCCCUUGGUGACCAUGAUGAAAAAGCAGAUGGACUCGAUAGCGGACUCGAACGUACGACAUGCACUCGCGACUGUAAUGGAUCAGUACAAUCAUAUGAGUGAGCAGGUGAACGCAGCGUACAGGGACAGAGACGAGGUAAGCCCAGUAUCCGAGUAUCAUUUACAUAUAUGUGAGCCGCGCCCUCGCAAAACGGGUCUUAAGUAUAUGCUGUUACAGCUCGCUGAUUGGUUUACACUGGACCACUUGGAUUUGGCGGAGAUCAAACUUUCUGUGGACGAGACUGAGGAGGCAAACAUCAAACAAAGCUAUUUCGACACGGUGACGAACUUCGAGAAGUUGAAGAAUCUUCAGCAGCAGAUUAACAAGAACAGCAAGAGCGGCAAACCAACAAAGAAACUUCAGGCGAAAAAGGUGGAAAUAGAGAACAGUGUGGUCGACAAGUUUCGGGUGAUGAAAGACAUGAGCAUACAGACGAUGAAGCUGAAGGUAGCAGACGACGCCCCAUGGAAAGACGCGGCCAAAGAAAUCGUCGGCAUGUUGAAGAAUGUCCGGAGCGAAAGCGCAGACGAGAUGCUGGCGAUCUCGAAGAAGAUGCAAAAUUUGUUUGAUCAGCUGGACAAGCAGGCUUUCACGAUCCGCAGUUUAAGUGCAGAAUUGAGAGAGAAGAAAGAAAUCGCACAGAAGCUGACUGCAGAAAACAACGACAUGGCCCAAGAUCUCGCUGCUCUCCGUUAUCGUCAAAGCAAAUAUGAGAACGACCUUAGCAAUGCCCAGCAGAUGAUCCGUCAGCUUCAUGGACAGUUACUCAAGGAAGAAACGCACGUAAAGGGAGUUGAACCACCGCAAGCACCUGAAACCCUCAAACAAUCCAUUUCCAAACUUCUUGCAAAGAUUGAAGAGCCAGAAACACCCGUUAAAAAGAUGGCUAGCGACCCAGCAAUGCUUCGGACCCAGAUCAGAACCUAUCAGGAAGCUAUGGAUGGCUUGAGAGAGGCGUUUUCCAACCUGGCUGAGGAGAAGGAGGAGUUGAUGAUGGAGUUAAUUGAGAAGAAAAACUACAUCGAGAAUAUUGAGGCGGAAAACGACAAACUCGUGAAAAGCUUACACACUCUACGGAACGACCGACAAAGAGCCGCUUCGAAGCCGCAUGUGCAGUUUCCGAAAGCGACAACAGCUGCUGAUAUUUCGCUGGAGAGUCCUCAUGAGGUCGAUGAGGUUGGUCAAGAACAGGAAACGGGAAGUCCUGCAGUAGGAGAUCUCAACCAGGAGAUGAUAGCUGCUUUAGAAAAGGAGGUACAGAAAUGGAAGAGCAGAUGUGAGAACCUGAAGCGUACGCUGGCCGAAACAGAGAUGAAACUAAGCGAAGCGUUCCGAGAGAUUUCAGAUCUUCGCAUGAUGGACCAUGAUGCGCAUCCCAUGCUGGCUCAUGCGCCAAAAGUGGACCAGAACAUCGAGAAGGCAAGACCUCCAGGUACAGUUCCAGUUUCUGACGUCAAAUCAACAAAACCAGCUAAGCCAGUUAAGACGGAGACCAGUGAAAAGCAACCCCAAGCCCAACAAGCACUCCAGGAGACUAUUGAACCCAAAGAAUCACCAAAUCAAAAGACAAGCGUGAAACCUAAGCCCAAGCAAGUGAAGGCAAGAUACUUAGAACAGAAGCCGCCCACAGAGAAGCUGCCCCCAAUCCAGGCGCCUCAGGAGGAGAGCCAACUGGAGGAGGCAGUGAGGAAUGAGCUGAGCAGCAAGCAAUCACGUGAACUCAAGCUGUUCCAGGCAGGGGACAUGCAGGGCAAGCUGAACACGCUUAUUAUGGAGAUAAUGGAGUUCAUAACCGAGGUGGGCCGACAACUGCAGGGUGACAGGGGUGAUGAAGAGGGAAACAAAAUUCAGGCAAUGAAAGCGUUCACAUUCGAGCAGCAGCAAAAGAAGCUUAAGGAGACAAAGGAUGCCAAAGAAGAGGAAUGGAGGCACAAGAAGAGUCAAGUGUUCUUUUGUGGGCAGACAGCAGUUUCCAAACUGAGAGAGGCAUUCGAAACAUUGUACAGCUCCCUAAAUCUUCACCAUGACGAGUAUGAAGCGAUCUAUCGCUCAUUCAAGAUCACCCAGCAGCGCAAUCUUCUACGCAAGGAGAUUCUCAUGGGGCGGAUACCAGUCAAUGCCCUGCGCGAGUUUGACCGCGCGCAGAAGAAGAAAAUUUAUGAAUCCUACGGACCGGAUAGCUUAAUGGCAGCUUAUUUCAAUAUCAGCUAUGGCACCGAAAUCAAAGACACUUUUGCUGGAAACAGACAGAUGAUACCGAGCGGUGAAGUGAGACGGAAAGGCUCGAACCAUGCGGAACAUUCGGGUAGCGCUUCAGAUGAGGAGGAAUCUGAAGAGAAGCUGAAGAGGACUAUUAACGUGCUGCGCAUGCAGAGGUCCAAGUCAGACCUAGACGUCUCAAGGGACCAGACCAAAGAUAUCAGUGGAAUGGGGCUGAUUGGCGGAGCUUUCUUCAAGGAGAAAUCGCCACUGUUCCACAACAGCCUGGGUGACAGGGAGAAGCUUGAGGGCGGCCCGGCCCCCACAUCAGGGCAGAAGCAGGAGAUGAAACUGGGCGUGGCUGUGGUGCCCCGUAAGGGCCUCAUCGCCCUGUCAACCAGCGACGACACCUCGGACACAGUCGACGCAAAGCGUCACCCUACCAACGGCACAGAUCCACAACUCAUCAACUUUGCCCAACUCCACACUCCGGGAACCAAGUCGCGCCAGACCACACUGAUCAAACGCCCAGACAUCAUGGUGCAUGUAAAGGCUGGGGCCAAGCUUCUGGAGGAUGCAGAACAACAUCAGAUUCAAGAGGAGGAGCUGGAGAAAAACCUGGAGAACUACACCAUCCUGGACCUGCAGACUGAGAUAUUGGGCAUGACUGAUCCCAAAGCUGUGCGUCGAACAAGUCCGCCCCUGGAUGGACAGAAUACUGACAAUACACUCACGCCUAGAUCUAAACUUGCCCCUUUUGGCAAACGGGAGAAGCCCAUCACGUUGCCUGCAAUUAAAAACAUCAAUCCAUUUGCCAUGAAAACCUAGGGCUAUUUUGAGAGUUGUUGUUUGUUAUUGCUGUGGGACUGAAAACUGCUUGUGCAAGAGUCUGAUAACUCAUCGCCUCAAAAUGUGUGAUAUCUGUGUGAUGUGUGAUAUCGCCCAGAUCACAAUAAUAUGCAAAUUUAUGGGACACUUGUAUAAAAUAGUGCUCGAUUAAGGCGCAUAUCAGGAUAAAAUUGUGUGUAAUUUUCUAUGGCCACCAAACUGUUGCUUAUACGUCCGUCAACUCUUAUUGUCUUAAAUCAUGUGAAAUUGAAUUAGCCAAAUUAUCUGUUGUUUGCUUAUAAAACAGUCAUCUGAAACAUUUUGAUGUUUUGUGAAAUUACAUGUCGCACAAUAAACUUUUGUUACCGUAA